GUGGCGCACAUCCAAUCGAACAACGAAAAACUAAUCCGCCGAGGAGAAAAAACCCAAGCAAAAUAAGCGCAACAAUCUUACAAAUCCCUCCUUGAGGCGACCACCCCCAACGCAAACCCACCCUUCUUCUUCAUCCCCUUCCCGAAGCGGGGGCCUCCGAUCUCUUCCGCCGCCGCUCCGGCGGAAAGAUCCCGGCUUUUCCGUUCUCCGGCGGAAAGAUCGCGCCUCUCUUAGUUUUCCGGCGAGGACAGGCCCCAAGAAACGGGAGGGCCUCCCGGUUUGGCGGCCUCGCUGUCGAUGCGAUCGGUCGAAGCGGCGGGGGAGGAGAGGUCGGAUCAGAACAGCCGCAAGAAGCCGCGCGUGGAGACCGGGAUGCCGCUCGCGGACGCCGUGGUGGCCGGCGGCAGCGGCGGGGGUGUGGAGAGCGCGGCGGUUGGGGAGUGUUCUAGCAUGACGGUGGAGGAGAUCGUGCAGCACCCGCUGCCGGGCUACGGGGUGCCGGUGGCGCUCAGCUUCAGCCCCGACGACCGGCGGGUGGCCUACCUGUACAGCCCCGACGGCACGCUCCACCGGAAGGUGUUCACCUUCGACACCGCGCAGCGCCGCCAGGAGCUGCUCUUCGGGGCCCCCGACGGCGGCGGGCUCGAGGAGGGCAACCUCUCCGCCGAGGAGCGGCUGCGGCGCGAGCGCGCCCGGGAGCGCGGCCUCGGGGUCACGCGGUACGAGUGGCGCGCUCGGCAUUCUGGUGGCCCAUCCUCUCGUGCUGGCAUUCUAGUGCCGCUCCCGUCCGGGGUUUACUUCCAGGAUUUGUCUGGCUCCGAACCAGUACUGAAGCUGCAAAGUUCUCCCACAUCCCCGAUAAUUGACCCUCAUCUAUCUCCAAAUGGGAGCAUGAUUGCAUAUGUUAAGGACGACGAGCUGCACACCUUGGUUUUUUCCAAUGGAGAGAGUAGGCAAUUAACUUAUGGUGCAAGAGAAAGUAGGAAGAUCCACGGACUUGCCGAGUAUAUUGCACAGGAAGAGAUGGAAAGGAAGAUGGGAUUCUGGUGGUCUCCUGAUAGCAAACACCUUGCAUUUACUGAAGUGGACUCAUCUGAGAUUCCACUGUAUAGAAUUAUGCAUCAGGGCAAAAGUUCUGUUGGUCCAGAUGCUCAAGAAGACCAUGCGUACCCCUUUGCGGGAGCAGCUAAUGUUAAAGUGCGACUUGGUGUUGUUCCUUCCCAUGGAGGAGAAAUAACUUGGAUGGAUCUCCUUUGUGGAGACCCAAAUGGUACCCAUGGUGACGAAGAAUAUCUAGCUAGAGUCAACUGGAUGCAUAAUAAUGUUCUAGCUGUUCAAGUUCUCAACAGAACCCAAACAAAACUUAAAUUACUAAAGUUUGAUAUUACCACGGGUAAAAGGGAAGUCUUACUAGAAGAACAGCAUAAUAUAUGGAUCACAUUGCAUGAUUGUUUCACCCCUCUAGACAAAGGAGUGAACAGUAAACAUCCAGGUGGCUUUAUUUGGGCCAGUGAGAAGACAGGGUUCAGGCACUUGUAUGUUCAUGACAAGGAUGGCAUGUGCUUGGGACCCCUCACACAAGGUGAUUGGAUGGUCGAGCAAAUUGCUGGUGUCAAUGAGAGUUCUGGACUUAUAUAUUUCACUGGUACGCUGGAUGGACCAUUGGAGACAAAUCUGUACCAAACCAAUCUCUUUCCAGAUUGGAGUCUUCCCUUGCAACCCCCUAAAAGGCUAACUCGUGGAACUGGAAGACAUUCAGUAAUUCUUGAUCAUCAGUUGCUAAGGUUUAUUGAUGUGUAUGACUCAAUAAAAUCUCCACCUGUGAUCAUGCUGUGUUCUUUGCUUGAUGGAAAUGUAAUUAUGCCUCUGUUUGAGCAGCCAUUAACAGUUCCGCCAAUUAAAAAGUUUCAGCAGCUGUCUCCGGAGAUAGUCCAAAUUGCAGCGAAGGAUGGGACCGCUUUAUAUGGCACUCUAUACCUUCCUGAUGAGAGAAAAUAUGGGCCACCUCCCUACAAAACGCUUAUUAAUGUUUAUGGUGGCCCCAGUGUCCAGCUCGUUAGUGAUUCAUGGAUAAGUACAGUUGACAUGAGAGCUCAAUACCUACGAAAUAAGGGUAUAUUAGUUUGGAAGAUGGAUAAUCGAGGAUCUGCAAGGCGAGGAUUGCAUUUUGAGGGACAGCUGAAGUACAACAUUGGCCGUGUCGAUGCCGAAGAUCAAUUAACAGGCGCCGAGUGGCUAAUAAAGCAAGGCCUUGCAAAAUCUGGCCAUAUUGGUCUGUACGGCUGGAGCUAUGGUGGCUUUCUCUCAGCAAUGUGCCUUGCAAGGUUUCCUGAUACGUUCUGUUGUGCGGUGUCUGGUGCUCCAGUGACGGCAUGGGAUGGGUAUGAUACCUUCUAUACCGAGAAGUACAUGGGUCUGCCCUCGGAGCAUACUGAUGCUUACGAAUAUGGGUCGAUCAUGCACCAUGUGAGAACCCUGAAAGGGAAGUUGCUCCUCAUCCAUGGGAUGAUCGAUGAGAACGUGCAUUUUAGGCACACGGCGAGGCUCAUCAACUCGUUGAUGGUGGAGGGCAAGCCAUAUGAGAUCCUCCUCUUCCCUGAUGAAAGGCACAUGCCACGCCGGCUUGGUGACCGGAUCUACAUGGAGGAGAGGAUCUGGGAUUUUGUAGAGAGAAGCCUGUAAAUGGCGCUAUAUAAAUUUAUUGCCCGCUGUUGGCAGGUUAUGACUGGGAUGUUUUGGCACAAGUAUUCGUGUUAUUUCAUUUCAUCAGUAUUUAUCCCCAAUUUCCUUGAUUCUUUUAUCUGUCACAAGAAUGGUUGGCAGCUGCUUGGCUGCACUUACAGGGUUCAAAAUAAUCCAAAACUUCCUGUGAUUCUAGAA